AUGUCGACCACUGUAAAAGAAAAAAAUGAAACAAAUCCUGGAUUAUCUCCAUUACAAGCAUACUUUGAGCGUAUUCCAAGCAUUGUUAAUGCUCCAUUAACACAUGUUCUUCAUCUCACAAAUUUUGAUGGUCUCCCUAUCUUUACAACUAGCACUUCUACUGCACAAUUUCAGAAUUUGACCUUUCUAAGUAUUCUUUUUACUCAUACUUAUGAGAUGAUAUCUCGACUUCAGCUUGGAAGGCCAAAACGUGUGUUUUCUUCUUAUUUUUCACCUGAUAAGGAUUCUUUGGGUGCAGAAAUGGUUCAAAUAGGUUGUAUGGAUGAUAAAUCAUCAGAAUAUCGAGAAAUACCAAAUUCUUUAGAUAAUGCCAAGACAUCUCCAGAAAUAACGAAGAAGGGACUUCCUUUGAUUGGGUCAAUUGUGGGAACAAAGGGGACUAUGGCAUCUGCUAUUAAUAUUGCAAAAGAAAUAGAAAAAGUUGCACAAAUUGUAAUUAAAAAUUGGCAUUAA